AGCACAUCUAACUCAGCAGCAACGAACGCCCCAUCAACCGUUGCGAGGGAAUCUCUCUGUCAUCUCCUUCGCGGGUGUACGCUGAUCUGAUGAGUACAGCAGUCACGGCAUUGGGUGUACGAGCCACACGGCAGCAACGUGCGUGUGGGAUGACAGAGCGCGCACCAGUACACUGCUGUACAGCAGCUGCUUGCGUGGUGUGCGUGAUGUGUGUGGGUGUUCUGCAGUGUGCCGCUACCAACAGGCUCUGCCACCGGCCCUUUCCUGCUCUCGGUGUUGCCUGCGAGCUAUGUCGUGGGGGCGUGUACCUGUUUUCGUACAAGGUCGCGCAACAUUACCGACGAGAAGCGCCAACACCAAAAAACCGCCUUUUUCCCUGGCAUGGAAUACUCGCAUCUUGGGGGUAGGGAUUACUGCCAUCAUGAAUCGUCGGAGCCCCUGGAGCAACAAGGUGGACUCGGUGCUACUGCUGUUGUGCCCAGCGUUGCCGGUGUGCUCAGCUGCGAGGCCAGUGUCGAAGAGCGCCGUCUGCAAGAGGCAAAGCACAAUGAGAAUCGGAGAUCAUGCUCUGGUGCUGGUGUCCGCGCUGGGUUUGGGGGAGAUGGGAGUGCUCGGUAAGGGUAUAGCUGCGGCAAAGACUUACCAACUGGCCGUCCCCGCUGCUGAAUCUGCUCGACCUCGAGGGAACCUUGGCAGCGAAAGAGCUUGCGGCUGCGGCAGUGCUCGGCGGUUGCACCGGGGUUUCGCUUCGAGGGGGAGGCGUGUUGCGCUGGGGUUGCGGGGAGGGGCACUCGCGGUGUCGGACCGGUACAACGCGCGGAUGCAAGUCAUGAUAACGAGGAACAUGCGAAAGGUUUUGAUGGAUGAGCUCGGCUAUGCCGCGGAUGAGGUGGACGACAUGGACCCUCAGAUAGCGGCGGUCGUGAUCGAGAAGUCGCUGCCCAGGCCACGAGCAGGCGAGGAAUGCAUGCCGAUCGCGUGGCGGCGGAGCAUCAGACAGACGGGGAGCUCCUCUAACCCCGUCCAACUCCUCGCCGGAGUUGUCCUUGCUGCGGUAGGGGCCGUCGUAAACGGAGUCGUGGCGGUGGCGGCGUUCCCAUUUGUUGCAGCGGGGAAAGGCGUCGGGGCGGCGAAGGCGGGUGGGGUUAAGGGGGCCGCAGUGACGUUGCUGGCGUUGAGCGUGAUGACGGCGGUGCUCGUGACGUCGUCAGCAUCGGUCGGGGAUGCUGACCAUAAAUACCCCGGAGCGGCCUGCCUCCGCUCGUUGGGCGAGAACGUUGCAUCUGCAAAGCCCUUGGUGCUGUCGAGGGGAAAGGGCGGCGGCAGCACCAGCACAGACAGACUGGAUGGUAGAAACGGCCGUGCUGUGACCUCUGGUGAUACCGCGAAGACCACGGGAAGUGCUGCGGGACGGCGAUGGCUCGGGGCAAGGAACAGCGCAAAUAAUCCCGACGCCAGAAAUACGCCAAAAGUUGGCGAGGAGUCUUCAUCCGCCGCCCAGAAGGAGAAAAGGCCUCACGCAACCGCCCCAAAGGGCAAGGGGGUAUUUCUCAACAAUCAACACCGCGUGGGACAAGACGGGCGCAGAGAUCGCCAUGAAGAAACGCGCCGGCAGGAAGGGAACGGCGGAAAUCUCCCGGAACCUACUUCCCACAACGCUGCCGGUGAGGGUCUGCGGGGGGAGCGCUUGCCGGAGGGGUCGUCGUGGCCGGCGAGUAGCCGGGGGUUGAGGGGAGCGCGAGUGAAGCGCGGCACGCCAAAAGGUGGUGAAGUCUACAAGAGUGAACCGCUCCUGGCAGCAGCAGUUGAUGCAGGCGAAGAGGUUUUGCAAGGAGGAGGAGGUGGCACUCUGCUCAAAGCCUGCGCCGGAUGCUGUUUCCCAGAUGCCCCGCCGGUAGGCCUGAACGCUGAGGGAGCUGUAACGUUCGAGAAACUACCUCCGGCGCCGCCCGCGCCCGACACAAUCGGCGUGCUCGAUGAAAAAGAGAAGGAGUCUCCGUGGAAUGAACCGACCCCCCCCCGGUGGGGGCGGAGGCCUAUGCCUGAACACAUCCCAAGCGAAGAGGAGAUGGAAGCGUGGGAUACCAAAAUGGCAGUGUUCGACACGUGGCUUGAUCGGGCAAUCAACGGCGUCAUGGGGUCGUUGUUUGGUGGGGGUGACGACAAGGUCGACGGCGACUAGCCGAGGAAGAGGUAUCCUUCCAGGGCAUCCCGAUUGCGCUGCGAGGGAAGAAAGAUGCACGAAAAUCUUGGAACUUUUUUUCGAGUCUUGAAAAUGUCCAUCAAUCGAAGCUUGUCCUCCAGACGAGUCACAAGCGCAUCUUCGCAUCGGCGGCAGAUCGUACUCGAAACGAUUGCGUGUCGAGGUCAAGCACGAUUGAUAAAUGGACUCGGUCGCGUUUGUCCCGAGCCCCGCUUUCACGUCGCUGGGACGGGGGGAGCAUUUCACUCCAGAUUAAGCCUUUGCGGUUGGUUGGAUGAUACCUGAAACCCAACCCCUCUCUUGUCUAUCCUCGCUAGGGUUUGUGUUUUCAUUGUACCGUGUGGCGGAUUUCCGUAUUCUUAAGCCCGCUGCUGCUGAUUGGGGUCGGUCGGCAUCGCCAGCAGCUUUCAACCGACCAACCGAAAGCUCGAACAAAUGCGAUUGCUGCUUGCCACUGGGAUGGGCAAAGAUCGAUCGGGGCAGGAAAGCGAGUGGCGCACCUUACACCUGCCUGUUGCGAUGAUAGGGAGAUUUGGGUUUUCUGCUGCACGACGUGCAGGAUGGCUCGUGGCAGAAUGGGAGAACAACGUCUACCCUGCGGAACGGAAAUGUAGUAAUACUCCAUGACAGGUUCGAAACGAGCAUGCCUACUGCCAUGAUUUUUUUUCCAAGACUGUGCACGUAGAGGACCCGUUGCUGUGCGCGUAUCCGCUUGACAAAACUCGACUCGUUGUGCUUCCAAUGACUUCACCAGUUUUGCAGUACUCGAAUCGUUGUGCUUUCAGGGACUUGAGGAGUUUUUGGUCAGGGGUGACAGCCAAGGGGAAAUAAUCCACCGUGGAUGUGCCGAAACUGUGCGUCGUUGCUUGUUGGCGUCGCCGUUUGUCCGGCAAAAAGUUGCGGAGCGAGAAAGUGAAUGUUGUCUUCGUGCACCAUGUGCUGCUCGGACGAGUUUAUGACGCACGUGGACGGAAAGCAGUAAGUAGACGCAUCGGCAUCUUCGGCAGGGGAAAAUACCUCGGUCUUGUGGAACGAGCUGUUUUCUUUUACGGUUUCCAUGUGUGCUUUCUCCCAAGCCUUGUACUUGUGACGCUUAUCCCGCUUUCGCUAAUGGUAUCCACGUGUCUCAUGAACCUGACAUCUGUGCUUUUUGGAUACGGAACCCAACGGAACAGGCGAUGAACAGCGAAUGCUCUGAAGCCGUU